AAUUCCCUCGCCUGUGUCUGCACCGACUUUCGUCGAUACCGACUCGGGCUUCCCCCGCGCGCUCGGCCCUUGCAGAUCCCCCCGACCGCGCACCGCUUUCGACCCUGCGACAGCACCGAUAACUCGCUCUCGCCCCUCCUGCCCUUUGCUUCGUGAGCGUGGCUGCUAGCCAUGUAUCAAAAUGGCCAACGGGACACCCGUCCCUUCCAGGUGCCCCCUCCGCCUCCGCCCAUGUCGCCGCCGCCGCCCGUCGGAAUCAGCAACAUGAUGGCCAUCCCCCCUCCGCCCCCUCGGUACCCAAGUGCCCCCACGACCGGCGGCAAUGUGUUACUCCCACCGCCCCCGGGGCCACCGCCAAAUACUACAUUUCCGUCGAGCGCCAUCGGACCGCCCAGCGCCUUGGGCAACGCGCCAUGGCACGGGCAGUGGGGUCGCGCCUACGACGGGCGGACGGCCUUCAACGUCCCCCCUCCCCCGCCGGUCGUCGGCAACACCGGGCUGCAGGCCUAUAACCCAAUGUCUCACGCGCAAACGCAUGCGCAGGCCAUCGCUGCCGCCAAUUCCACGACGAUGUCGUCUGGCCAGACCAAUCUUACGGUGCCUCCCCCACCGCCUCCGAGCGAGCAGAUGAGUGCGACAUACAUUCCGACAAAAGAUACCUACGGGGAGGGCGUGGGCAUUCCGGGGCUGUGGAUCCCCGACGACGGCACCCACUCGGGCCAGACCGGGAUGGACUCGGCCGCUGCGACACCGUUGGAGGAGACGUCGGGCCGUGACGGGCUGUAUGCUGCGGCCAUGGGUGCGAAAGCGCGGCCCAAUACCAGCGGCGGGACAUCGUCAGUUCCGGCCGAGCUCGCAGCUCAGUGGCCGCUGGAAAGAGUCCUGGCAUGGCUACGGGCAAACAAUUUCUCCAAAGACUGGCAGGAGACCUUCGAGCUCCUCGAUAUCCACGGCGCGAAGUUUCUGGAGCUCGGGAGUAGCCAUGGCGGUCGCGGAAACUUUGGCAUGAUGCACCAGCAAGUGUACCCGAUGCUGGCCAGGGUGUGCCCGAAGAAUGGGGGCGUAUGGGACCAGCCUAGGGAGAGAGAAGAGGGUAAGAGAAUGCGGCGGCUGAUCCGGAGCGUCGUCACGGGUCGUCCGCCAGAUCCGUCAAUGGUGAUGGCCAGCCACGCUCGCAAAGCGUCCUCUAGUGCCGUGGGCGUGCCUAGUACCGCGAACGAGUCGGCCGAGUCCCCAAACACUCCGAUCAAGGCCCCAGGUCCCGGCUUCAGCGGUAGGAGAUUCUCGCAGUCGCGGUCAGCAACCAUGCCUACGUCCAACAACACCAUGAGCUCGGACUCAUCGAACCACAGGAGCCUCAUGAAGAACAUCGAUACCGCGAUUGCCCGCCGUCAUAGUCCGAACCCGAGCGAGUCCGGCGAGGUCGGCUCCCUCCGCGAGUCUAACCUGCUGGGAAGGGACAGCCCCGGUGGCAGCCCCGUUCCUCAGUCCGGCCUGCUCCCUCCUUCUUCCACCGCAGGGAACGUCUCCGCCUCCCCCCAUAGAAGCAGCUUCGGCCACCGUUCGCGCAACAGCACUGACUCGAUAUCCUCAAACGCCGCAAUCUACGGUUCUGGGGUCCCGCCCGAUGCGGCAGCGUUGCUCAAGAACGGGGUUAGCCUUGGUGACCUGGUGAACGCGCCCCGCGGGUCCGACGAACACGGUCAGCGGUCCGGCCAAGAUGGCAACAGACACUCGCCGCAGGAUACCGGUGACCGAAGCGCAGGGACAGAUCCUCCGGGCAGCGCCAAAGGCAGCUCGUUCUUUUCGUCGAUAUUUAAGGGCCUGAAGAAGCCUGACGACCAUGACUCGCCAACCAGCCCGAGUGUCUGCAAAUACUGCCGCCAUAGUAACGCGGGCGAGAACUCGCAGGAACGACCGGCCUCAAAGCGGGCUGGCAGCGGGCGCGUCCUCAUACUUGCAACUGCCGAUUGCUGGAAUUACCGUAUGGUAGACGUCACUGAUGUUGGGACGCCCUCCGAGUUGCGACAACUUAUUUGUAUCAACCUGGGCCUUCCGAGCAGCGACGGUGCUCAAAUCUAUCUGACAGAGCUGGGAAGAUUCGAGCAUGACGAAGAACCACUUGAUGAUGCGAAGCUACUAAGCACCAAAACCCAUGUUGGGGAUUCGGUCGGGUCGUUGAAAUUCUUUGUCCGCCCGAGCAUGUUCCAGAAUGGGAGUCCUGCGACAACAUCGUUUGGGAAUGGGCCUGUCGCUGUGGAGGAAGGGGAUGUCAAUGCAAAGGACGGGCGACAGCGGUCCGGUUCCUCCGCGGCCACCUCGAAACAAGAACCGCUCGAAGGCAGGGAGCGAGACGACAAGAUGUUGACAGCCGAGGCCAUCCAAUACAGGGCGGAACAGCUCCGGAAGCAGGAGGAGUAUCUCGCGAAGCGUAGGCAAAUGAUUGACGCCAAGGAGAGCAGCCCGUCUGCGGAAACGCCCUACGGCAUUGUAGGCAGGACCGUGAACUUUGACGUCCCCAGAGUAUCGCCGUACGAGGAUCGGAAGGUGGACACCUUGUUCCCGCAGCGCAAGGCCCCGGCGCCCCCGGAGAACCCGUCGGCUACGCUUCUCCGGGCAGAAUCGCGGAGGAAGAACCACGGCACACGCUUGUCGCAAGAUAGUAAUACGAGCGGCGGCCGUCCGAAACGCGCGUCGUCCGACUUGCGCGAGGAGGUCGCAUUCGAGAAGCAGAGGAAACGACCAGGCAUGCCAAAUCCAGAGGACGGUAUUCACGGUCUGCUGGUAGGCAUGGGGGAGCGGAUGGCUGGUAUCGGACGCCCCACCCCGAGCGGUCACAGAGGGUUGUCGCCACACCGGGUGUCGUCGAUGCCGGUGACAAACACCGAAGCCAAUGCUCAAGCACGUGUUCCAUCGCCAGGAGAUGUCAGCCCAAGCUCUCGCGAGCCAAGCCAUGCCCUCGCGACCACAACCAGCGAGAAGCGCAAGUCGCACGGGCCCGACACGGACUUCCAAGGCAACGACGUCAGGUUCUCGCAAGCCUCGACCCUCCACGAGAACAGCAACGAAAACCGGAACGCGGCCGGCGACGACUCCGGAGAUGACUCCGACGACGGUUUGUUUGCUGUUCCCCUCUCGGCACGCAAUAACGCUACGUCCCGGAAGACGGGAGCAUCCGCGGAAGGCGGCGAGUCCGACGGCAGCGGUAAACGGCCAAGUCUGCGGGUGAACACGAAACGCUCUCGGAAGGCCGUAUCGGUCGCCUUCCAGUCCCCGCAGUCCAGUGGCGACAGCAAAACGCCGGCCGACGGUGAAGAAGACGGAGCAAACGGCCGGUCGUCGCAGAUUGAUGACCCCGAAGUGAAGCUGAGCAGGCGCAAGUCGUUCAUCGAGAAGGACGUUUGGGCCAACCGCCCGCCUACCGAUGCACUUAUCAACAAUCUCGAGGACUUCUUCCCCAAUGUUGACGUUGACCAGCCAGUUCUCGAGGACGGGGAGGGGCCUUCACCCAUCGACGAGGCAGACGAGAGCGAGCAGCAAAACGCGGGAGCGUCCUCUUCUGUUCCGCCUAUCCCUCCGCUGCCCGCUGGCCUGGCCUCCGGGGCCGGCCGAGCUGGUUCCACCUACAACGAGAGCGAUACGCUUGGGUCCGAUGAGUCAACCCUCAAGGCGCUCGACUCACGACCCACGUCGAUGCAGACGCUGGCGGGUCGGAGCGUGCGCCGUUCUGGUGGGCUAGGACGCAUGAAGUCGAUCAGGGAAGUUGCUCGCGGUGCGCACGAGGCAAGCAAGCGGUACACGCAGGCUUCGGGACCGCUGAACUCCCGGGCCGGGACGGGGCCUGGUGAUAGGAACACCAACCUGAUGCGGCGCAAGAGCACCAAGAUGUUCAACGCCAAUAUCGUGCAGAUCCAGCCCGAGCGCGGGUCGCUCAACAUGGCCCUGAGUCAGAGCACGAUCCCGCAAGACAACUUACCGACGCAGCAGGGCAACCGUGACAACAUUCCCAAGCGGCAGACGACGUUCCGCUGGUUCAAGGGCCAGCUCAUCGGCAAGGGCACGUUCGGGCGGGUCUACCUGGGCAUGAACGCCACGACAGGCGAGUUCCUGGCGGUCAAGGAGGUCGAAGUGAACCCGAAGGCGGCGCAGGGUGACCAGAAGAAGAUGCAGGAGCUGGUGGCGGCGCUGAACCGCGAGAUCGAUACGAUGCAGCACCUCGACCACGUCAACAUUGUGCAGUACCUCGGCUGCGAGCGCAAGGAGCGCAGCAUUUCCAUCUUCCUCGAGUACAUAUCGGGCGGCUCGAUUGGCUCGUGCCUGCGGAAGCACGGCAAGUUCGAGGAACCCGUGGUCGCCUCGCUGACGCGGCAGACCCUGUCCGGGCUGGCGUACCUGCACAGAGAGGGCAUCCUGCACCGCGACCUGAAGGCGGAUAAUAUCCUGCUGGACCUGGACGGCACGUGCAAGAUCAGCGACUUUGGCAUCAGCAAGAAGACGGACAACAUCUACGGCAAUGACAAGACGAACUCGAUGCAGGGGUCGGUGUUCUGGAUGGCGCCCGAGGUGGUGCGGUCGCAGGGGGAAGGGUACAGCGCCAAGGUGGACAUCUGGUCAACCGGGUGCGUGGUGCUCGAGAUGUUUGCCGGGCGCCGGCCGUGGAGCAAGGACGAGGCGGUCGGUGCUAUCUACAAGAUUGCCAACGGAGAGACGCCGCCGAUUCCGGACGACAUUCGCGAGGAGAUCAGUCCGAUUGCGAUCGCCUUCAUGCUGGACUGCUUUACCGUGGAUCCUACGGACCGCCCGACUGCCGACGUGCUUCUCUCACAGCAUCCGUUCUGCGAGCACGAUCCCAACUACAGUUUCUACGAUACGGAGCUCUACGCCAAGAUCAGGCAUGCCUUGUAGCGGCAUGGAG